AUGGGCCGCUUGACACGGCAGGCUAUCAACGAAUCGAACUGGACUUGGUUUGCUGGCCCCACUGGAAAUCGAAUUGUCGAGAAUGCCAUUCGCCACCCCAGCCAUUCUUUACGCGCAGUUUCCGUGUUCUGGUCCUCUUGGUCCUCUUGGUCCUCUUCCUUAACGGAUGAGUUAAGGUAA